AUGUUCAGGAAAGAACCUAAGUUUGCAAAUAUGUCCCUUAGCCCGAAUUCAAAUUUAGUGCAACGAACAAUUGACUUGAAUUAUGCUAAAAAGAAAAGAGCUACAUCAGUGAAAUGGUUCUUUAUUAAUGUAUUUUUCUUUUUGUUAUUCACAUAUGAUUUGACAUGCACAGGACCUUGUCCAGGAUCCUGGGCUGGUUACAUAGAGCUAAUGUUAGCGAGCUUGGCUUGUGCUAGUGCACUAAGACAUGGUGUGAACCUCAUACCACAGCAAUCUGUACCUCCUGCACAACUUUCUAGGCAACAGCUAAGACUACUGGGACUCACUGAUGCUGAUCUAGACUCGUCGCUAGUGCUGUCAGAGGCGAGCGUGCGCACGGCGGCCGAGGAGUCUGGCUCGAGCGAGGCGCAGCUGUCGCUGUCGCUAUCGCCGCGGCGCUGGCGCGGGGCGGAGGGCGGCGCGCGCGCCUCGCCCUCGCCCCCCGCCAGCCCCUCCGCCCCCACCGCCCCCUCCGCGCAGGCCCAGCGCCCCCCCUCGCCGCCUAGCGCGCCCUUCGCGCCGCCACUCGACGUGUUCUCGCGCGAUCGUUUCAUCGCCGACCAACACUCGCUCUCAGAUUAUUUGAAGCAAUAUGAGGAACAGCUGUCUGCGGAGCCUGCUGCGGCGCUGGAGGGUGGUCCCUGCCAACGUGCCGCUACCCAGCCCUCCUACCAACUCUCCGCACAGGACUGUGAAAGCAGUAAACUGGAAGAAGGAUCACCGCAAGGAUCCCCGCAAGUCUACUGGCAGCUCGACAUCGAUCCACAAAAGCUUACCCAAUGGAAUUUGAAUUUACGACUCUGGAUUCACAUAACGAUCCUGGAGCGGCUGGUGCGCGAAAUGGAAACGGUGGACGCGGCGCUGGCGCGGCUGGCGGGCGGCGAGGCGCGGCUCGGGCAGCUGGGCGGCGAGCGGCUGCGCCAGCUGGCCGCGCUGCCGGCGCUGCCCGCCCUGCGCGCGCUGCUGCCCUACCUGGAGCCCUUCGCCGACCAGCGCUACGCCGUGCGCCGCAUCCGCGAGCUGGCGCGCGCGCCCUGCCUCAGCAACUACCGCUGGAACGCCGGCGGCGCCGACUGGGACGACACGCAGCCCACCGACGCCGACAUCAUCCUGCAUCUGUUCGCCACCUACCUCGACGGGCAGAUGCUGCAGAGCGGCAACCCGCGCCCGUUCAGCUCGCAGUUCCUGGGCGGGGCGGGCGCGCUGGCGCUGCGCCGCGUGAGCGCGCGCCCGCCGCAGUGGGCGCUGGCGCUGCGCGGCGAGCUGUGCGGCGUGCCGCGCGGCCGCGCCAACCUGCUGCACGCGCUGCUGCUGCUGCUGGCGGCCGCGGCGCGCUCCAGCCCGCCCGCGCUCGGCCGCACGCACCUCGGCCCCGCCGGCCUCAACAUGCUCUGGAUCAUCGGCCGC